ACGCUCAUCGAUUGUUCACUUCAGAAGCUGAUGCUGGCAUCGUCGAAGACAGCCUCCUCGGAGGACGCCUUGGCCAUUGAUGCGCUGAAGGUUGUCUGCUUAGCCGUCGGGGCGUCUGUGCCAAGGGAGAAGAGGCGGCUGCACGCUUCAGCUCUUAUGCAUCUGCUGGUGGAUUAGGAUGACGAACAGGAUAGGCGCCGAAUAUGAUCCUGCGAAUUCAGAACGCCUUUAGCCAUACCUCCACGCUCAUGAGAGUAUGGUCCUGGGAGGUCAGGCACGCCAAAAGUGGCUCAGAAGCAUUCAUCGUAGCAAGGACCCCAUGGAACCGGCUCCGAGGCCUCGAUGAGCAGCGCGAAGGCUCAGAUUGCAGGCGACAGCAUACAGAUAGAGCUGGCGAGCAUGCUAUGGCGGGGUCCGGUCCUUCAGCUGCUCGACGAUUGCAACAAGGUCGUCGAGCCUAUCCGGGAAAGCAGGAUCCCACGCACGAAGGUUCUUUCUCUCCGUUGCUGCGGCCACUGAAUGAAGAUACCCCGCGAAAGAGAGGGCGGCGCGCUGCUCACAUGUCAGCAGAGCCAGAAGACGACAAUCCGUGAGAGGCCAGAUAGCGGACGCGUGGGCGUGAGCGCAUUGCACCCGCAGAACUGCUUGGCGC